CCCUCCGGCAGUCGUGACGAUGCUGCGGUCAGCUGGCGUGCUGCUGCUGCUGCUGCUGGCGUGUCUGGCGACGCCCAGGGCUACCAACGACCACGGCCGCCACCGCAGGGCGCUCGUCUUCGGCAACAACGGCGUGCUGCAGUUCACCUUGGGGAUAGGCAUCCCUCUGAACAUCCCGAACCGGCGCGCGUCCAUGGGCUACGCGCUGCAGGCGCAGUUCUUCGUGCCGGUGAACGCGUCGCAGCUGGAGCCGCUGCUGGUGGCGAGGGGCGGGCGGCGCGGCGCGCGCGCGCUCUACCGGCGGCUGGAGGAAGCUGCGGGCGACGCGCGCUGCCUGCUGCGGGCCGUGUGCCACGCCGCCGCGGAGCCGCUGCACGCCGCAGGCCUGCUCGAGGAACUGCUCACCCUGCUGCUCACUCCGUCCGAAGACGCGGAUGGCGACGGCGACAGCGAGCUGGCAGAGUACCUGGCGGCGGAGCAGCUCGGAGCUUCCGGUGGCGACUGCGGAGCGGUGUACGGCGCAUGCGCCGAAUCCCCGCUGGACGCGUUCUCCCAGAGGAUCGAACCCUGGGAAUGGCAGGGGGACGCCCGGCCGGACCUCUAGGGAGCCGCGCCGCGUCUCCACAGACUCAGCAACAGCCCUGGGACUCACACGGCUGACGCCGCGCUGCGGGUGAAACCAGAUGCUCUGCAGUUCUGUCUUCGUGGGAUGAAUACGAAUGGGGGACUGCGAGACGCCUUCCGUCUCCACACAUUCUGCUACCGCACCUCUCCGCUUCCACUACAGCUCCUUUUCACGAGCGUCUUGCUUGUCCUCCUCGUGGCAAGUGAGUCUGUCGUAGUCCUGUACUGAAGACGCGUAUCGACCAGCAAGUAACUUCGGCAUUUAACUUUUGCUAGCAUUCGCUUACAUGUUUACAAUAGAACAAAACAUCCUACGAGCUAACUUCUGGAAGUCGCUUGGGUAAAUUAAUUUCAGUAAUUUGCUACAAGUGCUUACAGAAGCGUUUGCACCCGAGAUGGGCUAUUGGAGGUUUAGUGUUGUGCUUAAGACACAUAACAGCCGCCACCGUUGUUACGUUACCAUUGUUACUAAAGAAAAAUCGUGAUGGAAAACAUAAAGUUAAAAAAGAAUGAGAUGUUUAAUUGAAGAAAUGGAUAUAGAGGCACUAUUAAACGGACUAAAAUUAUGUCCUUUCGCGGAGAUUAAAAAUUUUCUGAGAACGUUGUAUGCAAACUUUGAACACCUCUUGUCUAGUUUGCAAUCAUUUAUUCCGAACAGGAGACGAAAGUGCGGCAGGCUAUAUCACCAUGAGAUCACCUUUUAACUACUGUUAGAUUUUUCCAAAGAGUGUUUAUUACCUCCGUUUCUGUAUGUUAUCCGUCUUGAGCGGACUGCAAUUUAAUUAAAAUGAGUUACACCAGAUGUGUUUCGCUUUUAUUUAUGACAUCUUCCGUCGUUAUUUGCAAACUGGAUAUAUACGUUUCUAUAUUUUAUAAUUGCUUUAGGCUAAAAACAACGUUUCGUUUAUAAAGUUGGUGUUUCAUUGCAUAUUCUGCUCCUUCCAUCGUUGCUAGCAGCGGUUGGCGUCGGAAGACUUCGUUUCAUAUUUGCACUUGCCAGUUUUUGCAAUUCUGCAGUAUUUCUUGCUCUCCAUUAUUUACACUUCACAUUCUUACACUGUUUCUCAUUCCGCACUGCAAAUGUGUUUAUGUAUGUUCGUUAGUUUUCGUUUACGUCUUGAAUGUUACCCAUCUGUGAAACUACUUUGCCGGCCAAGGUGGCCGAGCGGUUCUAGGCGCUACAGCCUGGAACCGCGCGACCGCUACGGUCGCAGGUUCAAAUCCUGCCUCGGGCAUGGAUUGUGUGAUGUCCUUAGGUUAGUUAGGUUUAAGUAGUUCUAAGUUCUAGGGGACAGAUGACCUCAGAAGUUAAGUCCCAUAGUGCUCAGAGCCAUUUUUGAACCUACUUUUUUCUGGUA